AUGGAACAGGAGCAGCAGCGGGUCACUCGGUUGGCUCAGCAGCAACAGCAACGUCAGAAGCAAAAUCAACAGCAGCAACAGUCAUGCGAUUAUUCGCUCUCGCAAGACGCGAUCUACAAAGUCUUUACCUACUUGAACUCGAAUAGCCUCUACGCGUCCGAGGAGGGGGACUCGACCGGCGCCGCCGACAAGCUCCUCGACGAUGCAGCUCGAAGCGGUAGUAGCAGUCGUAGCAGCUGCAUAAGCGGCGAGAAUUCCAUGCUGUACGCCGAAAUCGGUGCAGCCGAACACGAUCGGGAUGGAGACGAGGACGACGAGGACGAGGACGAUGAAUACGACGAUCGAACACCCGACGAAGGCAAAGAGGAGGAGGAGGAGGAGAAAGAAGCCGAGCAGGAGCUAGAAACGAGAUACAUCCUCGAGGAGAUGAAGUACUCGGACGCGCGCCGAGCCAUAUGCAGCGUGUGCCGCUACUCUCUCGGUCGUGCCGGCACCGGUUUGGUCGAGGACUUCGAGCGGGCCCUGCUGUGCUCCGAUGGCCACCUGCUCUGCCACAGGUGCGUGCAGAAGCUGGCCGUGAAAUCAGACACGAACUGCCUGUUGUGCUCGGUCGCGGAGUCUCGGGCCUCGAUGUCGACCAGUGCGUCCUUGCCACCGCCCAGAAACCACAACAACAACAACAACAACGACAGCAGUAACAGUAGUAGUGGCGAUUCAGGCAGAUUGAGGGGUGGAACGAGCGAAACCUUGGCUAGCACGACGACGAAGCCCGUUGCUCAUCGGUCCAGUAGCGGUGCACGUGCCAAAAAGGGGAUCACGCCUCCGGCAGCUCGUCGUGUCGUAUCGCGGGGACCGCCUCCUCAACCACAACCACAACCUCAACAGCAGCAGCAGCAGCCACAACAUCGUCGAGAUCAGCAGCAGAGACGAGCCGCAGGCACCAACAGCAUCAUCAACGCCCAGACGCUGUCCGAGUGCUCGCGCCGACCGAUCCAGUGUCCGCGGCUCGACUGCGCCGUCAACGUCGCCUUCUCGGCCCUCGCGAACCACUUCAUGUUCGACCAUCCGGAGGUGCCGAUUUUGGGCGUCGAUCCGGGCGAGCGCAGCACCUUCAUCUUCGACUACGACGAUCUGGACGACGACUCGAGUCGCUGCCUCGCCCUGCUGCUCGUCUCCAACAAGCUGUCGGGUCCCGCGGCCAGACAGUUCAACGGCAUGCACGUGCAUCCGCGAUACAAGAAUCGACUGCCGCUGCCACUGCUGGCGGCUCGUUUGGCCACUUGUUACGGCAGCAGCAAAAGUGAUUCGGCCGAAGUUCGAAACAGCUGCGGCGUAGAAAACGAGGCGGUGGUGCAUCGGUCGAUCGACGACGUCGUCAUAGCCUGGGUCGCCGGCCUCGAUAUCGGCAGCUCCGCCAACGUCACGCUUCUGCGUUACAGCGUACAGGCCUUCGACGUCGUGGACGACAACGGCCAGGAGUGCGGCGGCGGUCGCUCGCUCACCUACACGGGCCCGAUAAAUUCGCUGCGCACAGCGCAGAGGCCGCGCGAGGUCUUUCUCACCGGCGACUGCGUCAUUCUGCACGCGGGCUUCAUCCGGCACGUGACCUCGCGCGACUGUCGCAACAUCAACAUCAACGUCGUCGUGCAUUAAGAAAAACAAAAGAGGAGAAAAGUUUGU